GGAUGAUACGGUUGGCGCUAUCCUAUUCGACGUGGGGGUGUCAUCUAUGCAGCUAGAUGUUGCGGAGAGAGGCUUCUCCCACUCACGCAACGGUCCCUUAGACAUGCGCAUGGGCCCCAAUGACGAGGUCACCGCCGCAGAUUUGGUCAAUAACUUAUCCGAGGAAGAACUGAAGACGAUCAUCCGAAAGGUACGUUAA